AUGGCAAAAGCAGGAAAGCUAACUAAGCUAAGGUCAGCAUUGAAGAAGAUGAACUCAUUUAGUAAGCUGCGACGCGAUAGCAGCGUAAACUCUACACCCGCACCCUCCGAUGACUGCCACGUGUCAUCAACCCACAAUAUUGGUGGUGGGCUUCACACAGUGUACGUUGGCAAGUCACUCAGACGUUACCACGUCACAUCUGAGGUGCUUGAUCAUCCGGUGAUCCAAGAGCUUGUUGAUAGAUCGGACGGCUGUGAUGAAGAGACCAUAGUAAUUGGUUGUGAGGUCGUUUUAUUUGAACAUUUGUUAUGGAUGUUGCAAAAUAUUGACACAAAAUCUGAGUCUCUAGAAGAUUUGGUUGGCUUAUAUGCUUAUUAA